AUGGAACUGGACACCGGUGCAGCUGUCUCGCUGGUCUCCGAGACUGUGUAUAAAGGAAAGCUACAGCAUCUUCUGCUUAAGGCAACAAAAACUGUUCUGAAGACAUAUAUGGGAGAAGCUGUGCCCAUGUUGGGCAUUACUGAUGUUAACGUGGAACUCAAUGGACAAGCUGUUAAAUUGCCACUGUUUGUGGUGAGAAGUAAUUAUCCAGGUUUAAUGGAUAGGUCUUGGCUUCGGAAGAUUCAGCUGACCUGGGCAGAAGUGCACCGAAUGACUAAAGAAGAAACCAGUCUGAUUGCUAUGCUAAGGAAACAUGCUGUUGUUUUUGGAGAGGAUCUGGGAAGUAUGAAGGGAAUCACUGUGACAUCGAACCUUAAACCUGACAGUCAGCCAAAAUAUCUGAAAGCCCGAACUGUGGCAUAUUCCAUCAGGCUGAAAGUUGAAGCAGAUCUGGAGCGCCCGGUCAACAAUGGAGUCCUAAUACCAGUUACCCAUAGGCCAUGGGCCACUCCUAUCAUUCCAAUAGUGAAGAAAGAUGGCUCCCUCCGGAUUUGUGGUGAAUUUAAAGUCACUGUCAACUCAGUGUUGUAUGCAGAGCAAUACCCGCUUCGCCACAUUGAUGACCUCUUCGUGGGCCUGGCUGGGGGACAAAAGUUCAUCUCACCCAACCUGGUUACCUACAUAUCCAGGAGGAUGGAGUUAUCAAUCCAAUCUGGUUGUUUGUUGUGGUGGAGACGUGUCAUUAUCCCACCACCACUGAGAUCACAGAUGUUAGAAGAGCUACAUUCUGGUCACUGUGGAAUAGUGCGCAUGAAGGAAAUUGCAUGAAGCUAUUUUUGGUGGCCUGGAUUGGACAGUGCUAUAGAAGAGAAGGCAAGAGCUUGUAUGUGAUGCCAGGGUGUCAGGAAUGCACCCCAGUGGGCGCUGCUACAACCAUGGGACUGGCCUGAAAACCCAUGGCAACGUAUUCAUGUUGACUUCGCUGGCCCCCUUGAAGGAAGCAUGUUCUUGGUGGUGGUAGAUGCCCAUUCUAAAUGGCCAGAAGUCUCUAUAAUGCAGUCCACUACUGCAGAGAGUACUAUCCAAAAACUACAGGGACUCUUUAGUUGUUUUGGUCUACCAGAACAACUUGUAAGUGACAACGGACCGCAGUUUGUCUCUCAGGAGUUUCAAAAUUUUAUGAAGGCAAAUGGGAUAUACCACAUCACUUCAGCUCCAUAUACGCCAUCCACCAAUGGAUUAGCUGAAAGAUUUGUGCAGACAAUGAAACAAGCUUUGAAAUCAGCAAGGGGACAACACUCCAUUCAAAAGCGUCUGGAUACCUUAUUUUCCGACAGAAACACACCUCACGCUAUGACCAAGGCAUCCCUAGCCUUUCUAAUGAUGAGAUGACAGCUGCACACUUACUUUGAUCUGCUGAAACCUUCUGAACCCAGACAAAUUGUGCAACAUCAGCAGCAAUAUCAAAUCAGCAGACAUGCACCCAGAGCAAAAGACUGAACCUUUAGCUCGGGACAGCCAGUUUUGACUUGGAAUUAUACUUCUAGAGCUAAAUGGGUCCUUGCCACGAUCAUCACUCAAACAGGACCUGUUUCCUACACAGUCCGGACUGCAGAGAAUCUCACCUGGCAGUGACAUGUAGAUCAGCUGUUGCCAGGUCAUGCCAGUCCUCAGGACACAUCUUCAGUUGAGUUGUCUGACUUCACCUUUUCUGGUGAGACACCAAAUCAAGAAUCACCUGUUCCUGACUGUUCUUCUCCAUUGCUGCCGGCGUCUGAGAUGCCCCCUUGCCCGGAACAAGCUGAUACCACCUCCUCACCCGUUCGCGCUACAAACCCUGAGCCCAUUGUCAGGCCUGCACCCAAGAUACUUUUGGGUGCAACAACACCAGAAGUUCACCG